AUGGGGGUCUGGGGGUGGGUGCUGGCACUGCUGGCGCUGGGGGCCAGGGUCCCGGGGGGGGCCGGGGGGGGCCUGGACUUCCCCACCUACGACGGGCUGGGCCGGGUGCUGCCCGUCACCGUGAAGAACUACAAGGCGAUGCUGAAGCGGUUCCCGGUGCUGGCCCUGCUGCACCACCGUCCCGGCCAGGGCGACCGGGCAGCCCAGCGUCACCACGAGAUGGAGGAGCUGGUCCUGGAGCUGGCAGCCCAGGUGCUGGAGGACAAGGGAGUGGGCUUCGGUCUCGUUGACUCUGAGAAGGACGCAGCCGUUGCCAAAAAGCUGGCCUCCCUGCCCCCCCCGGGCCUGACGGAGGAAGACAGCAUCUACGUGUUCAAGGAGGACGAGGUGAUCGAGUACGACGGGGAGCUGGCGGCGGACACGCUGGUGGAGUUCCUGCUGGAUGUGCUGGAGGAUCCGGUGGAGUUUAUCGAGGGCGACCACGAGCUCCAGGCCUUCGAGAACAUCGAGGAUGACCCCAAACUCAUCGGCUACUUCAAGAGCGAGGACUCAGAGCACUUCAAGGCCUUCGAGGAGGCGGCGGCGGAGUUUCACCCCUACAUCCCCUUUUUCGCCACCUUUGACGGCAAGGUGGCCAAGAAGCUCACCCUGAAGCUGAACGAGAUCGACUUCUACGAGCCCUUCAUGGAGGAGCCGCUGACCAUCCCCGACCGGCCCAACAGCAAGGAGGAGAUCGUGGCCUUCGUGGAGGAGCACAAGAGGGCCACUCUGCGGAAACUCAAACCCAAGAGCAUGUUCGAGACCUGGGAAGAUGACAUGGACGGGAUUCACAUCGUGGCCUUCACAGAGGAGGAUGAUCCAGAUGGGUUUGAGUUCCUGGAGAUCCUGAAGGAUGUGGCCCAGGACAACACGGACAACCCUGACCUCAGCAUCCUCUGGAUUGACCCCGAGGAUUUCCCGCUGCUCAUCCCUUACUGGGAGAAAACCUUCAACAUCGACCUGUCCCGGCCGCAGAUCGGGGUGGUCAACGUCACCGACGCUGACAGCGUGUGGCUGGAGAUGGCGGGCGAGGAGGACCUGCCCGGCCCAGCGGAGCUGCAGGAGUGGAUCGAGGACGUGCUGGCGGGAGAGAUCAACACCGAGGACGACGACGACGACGACGACGAUGACGACGAUGAUGACGACUAGGCCUUGAGCUGGGCCUCCACUCCUGGCCCCAUCCCUGUGUGAACCAUUAAAGUC